AUGGCGGCAGAGCAACGCAGGCUCCUCGAGCAGCUGAUGGGUACGCCCAAUCAAACAAACUCAUCGGUACCUUUCACCGACCCGUCGCAAGAUCUAGGGCCUUGCAAAAAGACGCACCUUGAAGCCCACAAGCAGGAAUAUGAGCGCGAAAAGAAGAACCGCGACUUUGGAUACGAGUACGACUACCAGCGCGACCUUCAACGCUACAUCGACGAAUGCAAUCGACGUAUAGAUGCCGCGCAACGCCGUCUUGAUAAAACACCUGACGAGAUAACCAAAACGAACUCGCUGCUAAAGCACAUUAGCGACCUAGACAGCUCGAUCUCUACAGGGCUACAGGAGGUAGAAGUACUUGGUGAACAGGGUCAAGUAGCAAGAGCGCUAGAGGAGUACCACAAAGUUAAAGUCGCAAAACAAGAAAAGGACAACAAAGAAAAGGAAUUGAAGCAGCUUUCAGAUAGCGCAGGUCCGAGCGGCCAUCAAAAGCUCCAGGUGUGCGAUGUUUGUGGGGCAUAUCUUUCUAGGCUAGAUAAUGAUCGCCGUCUAGCGGAUCAUUUUUACGGAAAGAUGCAUCUAGGCUAUGCCCAAAUGCGAAACACCCUCAAGAAGCUCCAGGAUGAACUUGUGAGUCGUGGUCCGCCUCCAGGACAUCAUGGCGGAGGGGGGCGGGAAUUUCGCUCGGACGACAGACACGACGGUGGAGGGUACAGCAGAGAUGGGCCUGGAGGCUACCGCGGAGGCGGCGGCGGUGGGUUCAGAGGCGGGAGAGGCGGUGGUUAUAGAGGGAGCAGAGGUGGCGGUGGAGGUGAUGGAUGGGGUAGUCGUGGUAGCUCCGGUGGCGGAGGGGGGGGGUAUGGAAGAAGGGGCGGCGGCGGUGGGAGUGGGUGGUAA